AAUCACCGGGGCCUGAAAAUUGUGGAGUGCAGGCCUGUGGCACCUCAGCCAUGCUGCUCUUUGCUUUUUGGUGAGGGUAGAAAGGGACAGAAUACACAAGUUCUGUGGAAGGGCCUAGUUUCAUCCCUCAGUUAUUCAGUGGUUGGACUUGAUCAUCACAGAAGGUUUAUCCACUUAAGGAUUCCAGUACCUAAAAGGGGCUUACAAGAAAGAGAGGGCUCUUUCACAAGAGCAUGUAGUGACAGGAUGAGGGGGAGUGGUGUCAGGCCAAAAGAGGAUUGGUUUGGAUGAGAUACUAACAAGAAAUUUGUGACUCAGAGGGUGCUGAGGCCCUGGCACAGGUUGCCCAGAGAAGCUGUGGCUGCCCCUGGAUCCCUGGCAGUGUCCAAGGCCAGGUUGAAUGGGACUUGCAACAACGUGGUCUAGUGGAAGGUGUCCCUGCCCUUAGCAGGGAGAUAGAAGGAGAUGGGCUUUAAAGUCCUGUCCAACCCCAACCUUUCUACUCCCAGGCCAGGUAACAGCAAGUUCUGUCCAUAUUACCCCACCAGACAGUCACAGUCAGAAUAUCCACUGGCACAAAUCUCCUUGGACAGGUCCUGCUAAGCCAGGGCACAGCCGGCCCUUUGCUGCUCCCGCAGAAACAUCACAGCAGCAGAACUGGGGCUAAAGAGCACCCAGGAAAUGGAACAACCAAAUUCUUCUGUGCUUAAUCUGCCUGAAUGGAGCCCCCACCUAUUUGUCCUCUCAGAAGUUCUUGGCAUGAUGGAAUGUGCCAUCACAUGCUUGUUCCAAGGAGUGACCAACAUACCGAGCUGUCCCUGCCCUAUUAAAGAUCAAAGCACACAAGCAAAACUCUUCCUGGAUGGGCACAAAAAAAAAAAAAAAAAAAAAAAAAAAAAAAAAAAAGCACAAGCUUUUCCUGGUGUUUGCACCUGCCUUACACGAAGGUCUGCCCACAGAACAACAGGCUCUAAAAGGAAUAUUGCAAAGUGGAAUUUCUACCUGAAUGCAGGUGAUACAGCAAACAGGGUCCACACAGAUUAAUGUUGAGUCACAGCCUCUGUGCUUCACCUUCUUGGGUGAUUACCACAAACAAAAUAAACACAAAAUAUGAAUUAUAAAACAUGGUGAACCCUUUGUUCCUUCCCCAUCACCCAGGUGAAAAACAAGGCUCAAAAGAGUGCCAGUACUUGGUGAUAGUGAGGCAUGGGGUAAAUAUGCACACAGGAUAACAAACAUGAAGUUUUAGCUCAUUUCAGGGCAGGGCCUGAUGGCUGCAACUGCUCAGGGCCCUGGCUGGCUGUCAGUGCCUGCUGGGGUCAGCUGGCACCAACCUGGACUUGCAUUCUCAAAAGGGCCGGACAGCUCUGGUUUCAGUUUUCUAGUUCCAGAUAAAAUUGUCCAUGGACUCUUUCAUGGGGUACUGCUGCUGCUGACAACCCUGUGCUCCAUGAUGAAGGAUGAAGCCUGGAAGCUUCAGACAACUCCUUCAUCCCAAGUAUUUCCAGGCUUUCAAUAGGAAUUGUGUUGGUGUGCCUGAUUACAUGGUGGCAUCUCUCGAUGCUGAGCUGGUACAAAGACCCAAAGUGAAUCAGCUUCAGAGAGUUUCCCUUACUAGGAGCUCCUUUCCAAACCAUUCCCACUGCUUGAAGAAGCAGGGCACACAUAGUGAAGCCAUUGAUGACAUUUGUCAGACAUACAAUCGCUGGAGCUUUUAAUUAUGAGGCCCAGCCCUUCUGAAACAGGACAAGCAAGUUGGAUGCAAACAGCAUUAAAAAUUUAGAGGAACACAUAUUUUGAGGAGCUGGGUUUGGGUGGUGUUUACUCGACAAGUCUUUGUUCUUGAGCCAUCACAAGGGUGUCUGCCGCCAACCUGAUUUAAAAGGCUGAUCCCAGGAGGCUGACUUGCCUCCUGGGAUUUCCAAAUUGGAGAUACUGGGAGAUAGGGUGUUAUGGGUCUGUGACUUUAUGAUGUCCCUCUGGAGUGGCCUCUCCAGUGAAGGAAGGAGGCUGAGGACAUGCACUCAGUUGAUUCCACACCUGGGAGCCACACCAGGAACCAUCACCAUACCACAGGGUGAUUCCCUCCUGCCAAACCAUUCCAUGAUUCUCCAGUUGCCUCUGGCCCACCCCCACCGGCACCAGCUGUCAGGUGGGACAGCUGGGAAGGUGUAAUAAGCUCCGCUGUGGUUUUCUUCCCUGCCCAGAGGAAAAGUUGCUGCCUCUGCAGAGCAGUUAAGAAAUUUGCUGUGGGGCACAGAAGCUCACAGUAGCCCUGUCUUCAUUGUGAAUGUGGAGCUGGAUAGGAAGCAGUGCCUUAAAACACCAUCCUGUCAACUCCCUGUUUGCAUCCUAGGAAAGGCAGCCCAGCCCAGCAGUCCUCCUGAAACACCCCAGUGAUACAGUUCAAGGAGUAGGGAUCUCCUGCACAAAACCUUCUGGCUGCUGAGGCUCACAAGGCUCCAGCACAGCUGACAUUCCCACUGCAUUUCUCUUGUGUUGGACUGAUAUCUCUUCUCCUGCCUGGUACAGCAGGCAUUCCCUAAAUGCUGCUUUCCCUAGGGCUGGCCGUGUUUUUACAAUAUAUUCCCUGGGUUCCUGGCGAGGAGGAUGACGAGGCACGGCACUGGGUGGGAGUGUCACACCGAGUAUCGGUUCGUGUUCUCCCGCAGCAGGAGAGGCCGUGGUCCUGCCAAACUCGAGCUGCUCUCCCCCUGCCCGCCCGGCUCACCCGGCCGCAUUCCUCCCGCAGGAACUCACCGGGGCGGCUCCGUGCGGCGCCUGGACCCGGGCCAGCCCCUGCGCUGGGCAUAAGCCCCUCAAAGAAACCCACAGCAGCGGGGAACUCAGCAAAUGUCAAGCUAAGGAGUUUGGGUUUCUCCCAGACCACUGUCCUGAUGGGGAAGCUUUUCCUUGUUCCUUUCCCUAGUGUCACAGUUACAGCUGUUUCCUCCCAGGGCCGGCGACACGGGGUCUCACUUCACAUGUACAUGGCAGGGGUUCAACACACAGCGUGGGCAUGGUGGCGAAGCCUGCAGACACGUGCACUUCCAUAAAAACACUCUCAAAAGCCUCAGUUUUAGAAGAAGAAUGACUAACCAGAAUUAUCCCACCCUGCCAUGGACACACUGGUAUGACCCAGCUGAUAUCUUCCCUGCCAAGCACACCUUCCACUAUCCCAGGUUGUUCCAAGCACUGUCUAACCUGGCCUUGAACAGUUCCAGGGAUGGGGCAGGCACAGCUUCUCUGUGCCAGAACCUCAGCAUCCCCACAGGGAAGAAUUUGUUCCCAAUAUCCCAUCUAAACCUCCUGUCUUUCAUGGAAGGACUGGGGCAAAACGAAGGGUUUUAUGGCCACAUAACCCCAAGGAGCACAGUGCCACAGAGCGGGUACCCCAAAAGGGACUCUGCUCCACACCCCGGAUUGCUUUGGGGCAUGUGAGAGAAAGGAGGCUUUGCCUUUUCCCUCCAUCUCCCAGCACCUUUCCUUGCCGCAGACGUCGGGACAGACAGCAGGCAGGGGCGAUGCUGGAGGAAAACAAGCCGCGGAGCCAGCGCUGAGGAGAGCCCUGGGCUGCACAAAAGGUGCCUUGUUCCCCCAUAAGGCGGUCGGGCAGCAUGCCCCCUCCCUCACCGGCGAUGGAAACUGAGCUCCAAACACUCCUUCAUCUCCCCUCGCCACCUUCAACCUUCCUAUUGGGUACAAAAUGUUCUCGAAAGCAAGAAACCCGAAGUUUAACACGUCCCUCCUGGACUCUUGGUCGCCUUGCCUGGGGAGUGGGCGAAGGCUGCAGCAGCCCCCGGCGCUCCCGGGGCCACCGGAUCCUGGUUAUACAGUAACCUGUUGCUCCGGGUCCCAGCUCCACCUCUCGCUGCCUCCACAUCCCUCCCCUCCUCUCUCCUCUGCCAAGGAACCUCUGUCACCUGCUCUCAGACACCCGGGGCGAGCGGCACCGGGAGGAAAGGGCAGCGGGGAGCCACGGCACAGGAACCCCCAGGCCGGGGUGCCGGGUGGGCUCUGCCUCCCACCCUCAUUCAGCGUUCGGGGCAUCGGGCUCACAGCCGGUGCAGAGAGGACACGCAGCUUGACUGCUGGAGAAUGGCAGCAGGAUUUAACUAGGAAGGCACGGAAAACUAGGAGAGAACUCACGGGAGCUGAGCGAACUGCGGGAGACGAGAGCGGCUUCUUAGCACCGUUGCCUGGCUUGUGAAGCAACAUGAGUCACAAGGGAUCCCUCAACAGCAACCCCGGCGCAACAAAUGGCAGCAUGGGCAAAGCCGAGGGAGCCUCCAAGCUGAGUGCAAAGGACCUGUAUGAACAAAGGAAAAAAUAUUCCAACUCCAACAUCAUUAUGCACGAGACUUCCCAGUACCACGUCCAGCACUUGGCCACCUUCAUCAUGGACAAGAGCGAGUCCAUCACAACAGUGGAUGAUGCAAUCCGGAAACUCAUCCUGCUCAACUCCAAAGAGAAGAUCUGGACACAGGAGAUGCUGCUGCAAGUGAAUGACAAGUCCAUCCGGCUGCUGGACUGUGAGACACAGGAGGAGCUGGAGGACUUUCCCCUGCCGACAGUGCAGCACUGCCAGACAGUGCUCAAUCAGAUGCGCUAUUCCUCCAUCCUCCUGCUCGUGUGUCAGGAUUCUGAGCAGCACAAACCUGACAUCCACUUCUUCAACUGUGAUGAGGUGGAGGCGGAGAUGGUUCAUGAGGACAUAGAAAGUGCCCUGGCAGACCACAAGCAUGGGAAGAAGAUACGGCCACAGACACUCAAGGCAAAUCAGGAAAAGAUCAAGCAGAGACAAUCCAUCCUCCCCCCACCUCAAGGACCAGCUCCCAUCCCAAUCCAGCAUGACAUGCGAAGCUCAGCGAUGAACAGGAACAGGGUGGCACCUCCUUCCCAGCAUGAUCCAGACUAUGAACGACGAAGCUCUGGCUCUCAUGACCAUGAGGAAUCCCGUGCCAUGUUAGCACAGAAGAUUGAAAAGGAAACGCAAAUCCUGAACUGCACCCUGGAUGACAUUGAAGUGUUCGUUGCCCGGCUCCAGAAGGCUGCAGAGGCAUUCCGACAGCUCAACCAAAGGAAGAAAGGGAAGAAGAACAAGAAGAAAGGGCCAGCAGAGGGAAUGCUGACCCUCCGAGCAAGACCCCCAAGUGAGGCCGAGUUCAUCGACUGCUUCCAGAAAACCAAGCUGGCUUUUAACCUCUUGGCCAAACUGAGGAAGCAUAUUCAGAACCCCAGUGCUUCGGAGCUGGUGCAUUUCCUAUUUGGGCCGCUGGAACUGAUUGUCAAUAGCUGUGGUGGCCCCGAGCUGGCCCGGUCUGUCCUCAGCCCACUGCUUUCUAAAGAUGCCACUGAUUUCCUGAGAGGACACCUGACACCCAAAGAGAUUAACCUCUGGGAUUCCCUGGGGGAAACAUGGACCAGAUCCAGAGCUGAGUGGCCCCGAGAUGCGAACAUCCCCACCUACAUCCCCAAAUUCCGCAACGGUUGGGAACCACCCACAGAAAUCUUCCGUGGAGCUCCCUGGGAAAUAGACAUCGGACACUUGCAAGAGGAGCUCUCCUCGGCCAAUGGAUAUCCUUACCGGAACUCCUCACUCAAGCGUGGCCAGACGGCUGAGCAGACACAGCCUGGGGAUGCCUUCAAACAGAAUGUCACUCCACAUGGAAAUAGGAAUUUUGAGGCCCAGGGAGCGGCCGUGCCCAGGAGAUUUGCCAAAAUCCGCUACGAUUUCACUGCGCGAAAUGCCAAUGAGCUCUCAGUGCUGAAGGAUGAAAUCCUGGAGGUGUUGGAAGAUAAUAAGCAAUGGUGGAAGUUGCUCAACCGGAGUGGACAGGCUGGUUACGUUCCAUACAAUAUCUUGGAUGUGGUGAAACUGGAAGAGCUUGAACAGUCUAACCAGAGGUACAAAGGAGACCUGAGCCCCAGGGGCUAUGGCCCAUCCAGUCCAACUCACAAGUUGCCUGCCAGCUACGCAGGGGAUAAGUGGGGCAGUGAGAUGUUAUCACGCAACUCUCCACAUGACGCCAAAGAACAACUUAUUCACCAAAUGGAUGAGCUGAACGACGAGCUGCUAAAGAAGAUCACAAACAAUAAAAUUCAGCCUCCUCACAGGAAUUUCAAAGUGGAAAAGCCUCAGCAAGUUUUUGUGCCCCUCACCUUUGAAUCCAGCACUGAAGAAGUCAAAGCCUGGCUGGAGGCCAAGUCAUUCAGCAAAGAGACCGUGGAACACCUGGGCAUCCUCACCGGAGCUCAGCUCUUCUCCCUCAACAGAGAGGAGCUGAAGAAGGUGUGUGGUGAUGAGGGAAACAGAGUGUACAGCAAGAUCACGGUGGAGAAAAACCAGCUGGAGAAAAGCAGAGGGGAGUCAGAGCUCCAAGAAAUCAUGAAGCGCCGCCAGGAAAGGAUUGAUUCUGCUAAUUAAAGUCUCUCUGCUUUAUUUCAGCUCUUAGCCCUAAGUAGUGCAGCAAAAAAGGGAAUGAAAGCAAUUAUUCCCGGCCCAGGCCGGAGGCAGCAGAGCUCCCCUUGGGGUCCAGCUGCCAUCAGAGUGACAAUUCCUUGAACACUGUUGGGAAGGGUUGACAAUGAUACCAUAUCCCGCUGGGAAAGGUGUUUUAAUUUUGCAUGAAGUAUUUUUUUUAUAACUAUAUAUUUUAUACUGAAAUUUUCCAUGCAUGCAAUCAGAGCAGGAUUCACACGGGGCUGGAUGUACGACAAGGCUGCAUUCAAAGACCCCCAAAGUUUUCUCUGAGGGCUGUCCCUGCUCCCACCCCUCGCUGGCAGAGCAGGCGUGGCACACAGUCAGGAGAGGCCAGCCCCAAGGCCUGGAGCCUGCCCCACAGGAAUAAGGCUUUGGAGCCCUGCAGGGGUUUGGGUUUAAGGAAAGGACAUUGAAGCUCAUCCUGUUCCAUCCCCCAUCGUGGGCAGGGACGCCUUUCACAAGGCCGAGUUGUUCAAAUCCUGUCCAGCCUGGCCUUGGGCACUUCAGGGAUGGGGAGUGACCUAAGGCAGCCCCAUUUCCAUUUCCUCCUCAGUGCAGGUGUCCCCUGCAGCCCAAGAGCACAGGCCCAGUGACAACUCCCUGUCCCCUCCUGUCCCCCCUCAUUGGACAAGGCUGGAAUGGCAACACGCAUUCCCAAAGUCUGGCUGCUUCCUUAAAUCCACAGACCAGUUAGUGCUGUCUCUGAGCAGCUGAAAUGAGCUCUCAGGGCCUAGAAAUGAGCAGGAGUGACACACAAAGGGAUCUGAAUGUGGACAUGGGUGAGUUCCACCUGCCCACUGCUGCUGAUGGGCUCAGGGCAGCUGUGCAGCCCUUCCCUGGGCCGCUGAUCCUGCACUGGAAUGUUGUGGUGCUGCCAAACCCGGCCUCAGACCAGGAGAAGAUAAGCCCUGACCAUUUGCUCCCAUCCCAGGCACACCCACAGCCCUUCCCAGGGUGUUGGUCACUCAUCCCCACCUUCACGUUUCCACUGUAAAAAGUCAGCUGAAAUGAUUCCCAAAUAGCUGAAACCCUAAAGCAUGCUGGGAAAGGCAGGUUUAACUCCAAAUAAAUGGGCACAAGAAAAACAAAAAUCUAAUUUAACGCAGGAUGUUGCUCUUGACUUCCUGUUGUCCUUCAUGAAGUUAUGUGCAUUUGUAUAUAACAAUCUGUAAAUAGGGGGUGAGGAAAAUCUCUCUCCCUAGAGGCAGAUAUAGUGAUUAUACUUCCAAAAUUUACUCACAAUUUCAAAACUCAAGCAAGCAGCAUAGUUCCUGUCCACAGCAAGUUUGGCACAUUGCUUUUCUAUCUCUAUAAGUGACAGACCAACCUGAUUGCAAAGCAAACACAGCUCCAGAGCUGCCACAGCCAGGGACAGUUGGGUUUUCUCUCUCAGCACAUGCUGAGUCUUUGCCCAAAUUUGUGUUUGUCCUUGCACAUUUAAUGGAAAAAGCUUUAACACAGCAUCUGGGGAACUUGUGUCUAAAUCUGAGAGCACCAGUGCACCUCAGUUUUGGCUUUAUUCUUAAGUGUCUCCAAUGGAUAAUCUGUUUUCUUCAUUUGAAAGAGGACACUGCUGGCACCAGCAGAAUUAGGGUGCAGGCAGGGGGGGAUCCUGGGUUUAGUCACAGCCUUGCUGGGAUCCGAGAAGGGCACUCACCUUGUCAGGGAGGGAUGAAGAGGACAAUCCUCCUGAGAAGCCCUGGCUCUGGAUUAGGUUGGAGAAGGGAAGCAGGAUGGCAAGCACAGGAGGUGAAAAAUUUCUACAAUGAAAAUAAAAACAAAUGUUGAGCUAGGAAACACCCCACCUUCUAGUCCUGGGGUGUAGAGGAAGGCAAACCACAGGGAAUUACAGUUACCUGGGAUUUCAACAGGAGUGUACAUGACAGCUCUGUAAAGCUGGGAGCCACAGCAGCACUUCCUAAAACAGAUAUCUCAGCAGACCUUAUUGCAGAGGUCACUUUUACAAAUUUCAUGCGACUGAGCUGUGCACCUGAUCUGUUUGUACUGCCUGCAGACACUGCUAUAAAGUACUGUACGUGAUGUAACUGAGCGAAGGAGACAAUGAUAUAACCAUGCACUGUACAAGAGUUAUUAAAAUAGUUAAGUUAUACUUAUAAA